AUGUUACGUUCAGCCCUUGUUCAGGAGGCCGUGAGCAGAGGCGUCUCCUUUGUGUUGGGCUGGCGGGAGGAGAAGGCAUCCCAAGGCCACUUGAAGGAGAGGUUGGAGAUGGCAGCCAACGAGCUGGAGCUUGCGCUUGAGAGGUCAGCAAAGCUGCCCAUCACAGAUGUCUCCCUGCUUCAGCGCAGGAAGAUGAUCAAGCGUGGCUACGUUGAGGCCAUGGAGCUGCUCAAGAAGGACAAGCAGCAGGCGGUGCCUCCAGGGCAGGAACUCCAGGUUGCUCAAGGGGUAAAGCGCAAGCGAUGGUUUGAUUGUGCUAAGAACAUGUCCUUGAAACCUUUUGUUGCCUUGAGCACAGAUGCUGUAAAAAGAUUUGAAUGGUACGCAGAUCAUGCUGGCAGGUUUGUGAGGGACGUGGAGUCUGGGUGUUCACUUCAUCACAACACCUUUUGCAACCCUAUUGUCAGGCAUCUCCUUGAAGGUAAAACUUUCUGGUAUGACUUGAAGCAAGGAAAUGUGCAACGAAAAGUCCGCAUAUUCCCCAUGUAUUUCGAUGAGCGUGGCGUGGAGGCACAGCUAGUAUACUCUUACAUGGAUAGCACAAUGAUAGAGAAAUGUUUUAAUCUGGUGUUGUCCCUACGACUAUCAGAAAGCACAGACAUAGUUGGAGUUGCUAUUAAAGGCUUGCAAUUAUUGACAGCUGAAUUCAAGCAUCCUGUUGAAUGUGCAAUGGGAGAACUUACCCUACUGCGUAAUUUACAAGACACUGCCGAUUUGUCUGGAACUCCGUUGGUGCGCUGUUGUGAAGUGAUUUAUACGAUGCAGACACAACUUCUUCGCCCAGACCCAACAUGUUGCAAAGGACUUUGUGCUAACAACAACAACGUCUCCUCAGAGUUAUCGGACAUACUCCCAGAGCAAGUUAUUCUUUGGGGUUUUGACUGCUAUAUACCAGCACUAGAGUCCAGCACGCGUAGCUCAUUUGAUGAGGUGGGCAGAGGGACCCUGCGCUUCGCGUCUUCUCGGCCACCGUCACCAGCAGGGGCCUGCACGGAGGCUCCGCAGCGCGGGCUCGAGGGUCCUGGACGCCGGCGCUGCAGUGCUGCUUGGGGUCCACCGACAGCGGCGGCGACGCCGCCAGCACCCCUCGGCGUCAGGGAGGUCGCCAAAGCACCUUUGAAGGCGAUGGACCUGGCCACGGAGAUGACUUCAUCAGCGGCGUCGAGUGAGGUCUCUGGUCUCCUAAAUUGGAAGGAUUCUUGA